UGCCGAACGUCCAUAUUACAAGGACAUGACUACGUAUUAGAAAUAUUGAAUGGCCAUGAAAGAAGAUCCAAGGAAAAUUUUAGAAUGGAACCAGAUGUAUUUAUUAAUUUGUGCGAGGCACUUAAGGUAUAUGGUAAACUAGAACACUCACGUUAUCUGACUGGCCAAGAGCAGGUUUGUAUAUUUUUGCUAACAAUUGGUCACAACGAACGAAAUCGUGUUGUCCAAGAGCGAUUCCAACAUUCUGGCCAGACCAUCUCCAAAUACUUCAACCGAGUCUUGAAGGCAGUGUGUAGGCUUGGUAAACAAGUUAUAAGGCCUCCAGAUUUUGAUGAGGUGCCUGCAGAAAUUCGACAUAAUCCACGCUUCUAUCCUUUUUUUAAGGAUUGUGUUGGAGCAAUUGAUGGUACCCACAUAUCUGCAAGGGUGCCAGCAUCAGAGCAAAUACCAUAUCGGGGUAAGCAUACAGUUACAAUGCAAAAUGUAAUGUGUGUUUGCUCAUUUGAUAUGCGAUUUACGUAUGUAUUGGCCGAUAAAUACUAUGUUGUCGACUCAGGUUAUAGAAAUAUGACUGGCUUUUUAUCGCCAUACCGUGGUGAGAGGUACCAUCUAAAUGGGUUUCGUAAUCAAAGGCGACAACCAAGAAACAAGAAGCAAAUGUUCAAUUACCGACACUCCUCACUGCGCAAUGUGAUUGAGAGAUGCUUUGGUGUCUUGAAGGCUCGCUUUCCAAUUUUAAGAGACAUGCCUCCAUAUUCAACUAAGACGCAGAGAUACAUCCCCAUUGCAUGCUGUACAAUACACAACUGGAUAAGGACACAUUCUCAAAAUGACACAUUGUUCGCUGAAUGGGCCAAUCCAGAUCGUAUCAUUGAAGAUGAUGGGCCUAGUGGAGGUGGUAGUAGUAGCUCGACACAUGCAGGAAGUAGUUCUCAGCAACCAAUUGACUUAGACACUAGUCAACCUCAAUUACGUCACAUGUCUGAUGUAAGGAAUCAAAUUGCUGGUCAAAUUUGGGAAUCUCUCGGAAACAAUUGA